UUAGAGACUCAGACUUUAGAGACUCAGACUUUAGAGACUCAGACUUUAGAGACUCAGACAGUAACCAGAACAAGACAGACUGAGAAUCACGAUGGACGAGUUCAAAUGGAUUCAAAUGUCUUCAUUUGUUCUCCUGAUGCUUCAGUUUACAGCAGCAGCGACCCGACAGCUUGUCCUCCACUUCACUGUCAGAGAUGGAGAUCAAGUCAGUUUGCCGUGUAAUAAUAUGAUCGACGGUCAGCAGGAAUGUGACAGCACAAUAUGGAUCUUCAGUGGUUUAAGAAACGCAGCAGCAGUAGAGCUGAUUAAACUCGGACAGAUUGCUGAACAGGCCAAAACCAAAUCAGACAGACUGAGUGUCACAAAGAACUGUUCUCUGGUUAUAAAGAAGGUCUCAGCUGAGGAUGCUGGACGUUACACCUGCAGACAGUACAAAUCAGGACAACAACAAGGUCCAGACUCUGAUGUUUAUCUGUCUGUGGUCACCACAGCAGCGACCCGACAGCUUGUCCUCCACUUCACUGUCAGAGAUGGAGAUCAAGUCAGUUUGCCGUGUAAUAAUAUGAUCGACGGUCAGCAGGAAUGUGACAGCACAACAUGGGUGUUCAGUGGUUUAAGACGAGACACAGGAACAGUAGAGCUGGUUAACCUCGGACAGAUUGGUGAACAGACCAGAACCAAAUCAGACAGACUGAGUGUCACAAAGAACUGUUCUCUGGUUAUAAAGAAGGUCUCAGCUGAGGAUGCUGGUCGUUACACCUGCAGACAGUUUGACAAAUCAGGACAUCAACAAGGUCCAGACUCUCAGGUUGAUCUGUCUGUGGUCACCACAGCAGCGACCCGACAGCUUGUCCUCCACUUCACUGUCAGAGAUGGAGAUCAAGUCAGUUUGCCGUGUAAUAAUAUGAUCGACGGUCAGCAGGAAUGUGACAGCACAACAUGGCUCUUCAAUGCUUUAAGACGAGACACAGCAGCAGUAGAGCUGAUUAAACUUGGACAGAUUGGUGAACAGACCAAAACCAAUUCAGACAGACUGAGUGUCACAAAGAACUGUUCUCUGGUUAUAAAGAAGGUCUCAGCUGAGGAUGCUGGUCGUUACACCUGCAGACAGUACAAAUCAGGACAACAACAAGGUCCAGACUCUCAGGUUCAUCUGUCUGUGGUCACCAUGACUGAACGUGAGGACGCUGAUGAGGUGACAUUAAGCUGCUCUGUGUGGACAUAUGGACCAUGUGGACACACAGUGAAGUGGCUGUUUAAUAGAAUUGAUGUGGAUAAAGAAAACCACCAAGUGAAGACAUCACAGUCUUCCUGCUCUGCCUCUCUGACGGGUCUGAGUUCACAUUUCAUUUAUGAGUCGAGGUUUGACUUGUUGAAGUGUGAAGUGACUGAUGGGGACAAAGUUCAGUUUCUCUUCAGUCCUCGGCCCUCAGGUGAGAAACCAGGUGAGGACACAACAACAACAACAACAACGACAGCAACAACAACCAAUGAUAUUACACCAGCACCGGGGCCACUAAACAUCGCUCGUACAGAUCGUUCUGUUCUGGACUACAUGAUGUUGGUUCUGCGUGUGGCUGAACUCCUCCUCAUUACUCUGAUUGCUGUUCUUCUCAUCAGAGCUGCAGGGAAGCAGAGACCACCUGAUGACAACACUGUUUUACACUGAAGAAAACAAGAUGCGGUCAAGCAAACUUUUAUCUUAACGAACAAACUUCACACGUUCAACUUCCUCUUCUUCUUCUUCUGAGGCUAUGAAACACUUCAUCAUCACAAAUGCUCUGUGGGACUGGACGAAGUGUGAAGUUGAGGUUCAGCUUGAACUUUGUUAAAGUUAGACCUAAAACAGACUGAAAGUCACAAUGAGGAAGUGACAUCACGCUGACCACAGGAAGUAGCUGCAGCAUCUGUCCGCACUGCAUUUCGUUCAUACUGUGGCUAAGGCUGUGUUGCCAGACUGAGCGAGAUUCUGCGAGUUUGGAGUCACGUCGUUUCCUUUCAAGUUGUUGCGUGUUUUGCUUUAACAUGUGAACCUUAUUAUUAUUCCACAGCGCAAAUCUCUUUUGCUUUAUGUGUCGAAAUGAUACCAUCUGAUUGCUUACUUUGAGAAAUCUGUUUUUAUUACAGAAAAGAGGCCAAAGUCCUGAAAUGUUGAAUCCAGCCUCAAUACAUAGAACUGUAUAAAAACAGUCUGAAAAUCAGCCAUUUCAAAAAACAUUUAAUCAGGAACAAUCUGAUCACUAACAAGAGAACAAAAUUCCAAAUCUGAGCAGCACCAGCAUUUGGUACAUUUGGUACAUGACAUACAGACACGUUUCAGUCUGUAGUCAUCAGAAAUCCUGAGCGAU